AUGGAGAUCACUACCCUGUGUGCAAUCGUAACCACAGCUGUGAACACGUCAUCUCUGUUUCCUGCAGCAUCUCUGAGAGUCGUGCCCAGCAGAUCCCAGUUCUUCCAAUAUGAGUCUGUCUCUCUGAGCUGUGAAGGGCUGGGAAACUCUUCUGAGUGGAUUAUUAAAAGAAACACAUCUAGAAGCACAAAUGAAAACUGUUCGUCCUGGAAUGGAGGACAUGGACCUAAUUGUCUCAUUGAUGACAUUUAUCCACAUGAUUCUGGAGUUUACUGGUGUGAGUCUGGAUCAGGAGAAUGCAGCAACACCAUCAACAUCACAGUGACGGGUGGUUCUGUGAUCCUGGAGAGUCCCAUCUAUCCAUUGAUGGGGGGAGAGUCUGUAACUCUGCGCUGCACAACCAAGGACUCCUCCAAUCUCACAGCUAAUUUCUAUAAAGAUGAGCUUCUCGUUGGGAGCAGCUCGACAGAAAACUUGACCAUCCACCGUGUUUCUAAAUCUGAUGAAGGACUCUACAAGUGUAACAUCUCUGGAGUGGGAGAGUCAGCAGACAGCAGGCUGAAUGUCAGAGCAGGACUUCCUGAGCCCACCUCCUCUUCCUCUGCGCUCAUUCUACUUCCUGUGGUUUGCACCUACAUCUCGGUGCUCUCAGUGAUGCUGCUCUGUCUCCGGGAGACACACAAAGGUCAAGAGGAACCUGCAGUUGUGUUGUACACGAAAAUCACCAACACACACGAGUGUGAAGGUUUGACACUGAAGAGGAAAAGCUUUUCAUUCACUUCUGUGGUCGUCUACAGAGCUGUCAGGUGUUCUCCUAACCCUGUGCUGAUGUACAAACCCUGCAGAUGAUGUAAAGUUAACCUCCAACAAACUCCUGUUAUAAUUUAACUAAAUGAUUUCCGUUUGUUUUAAUAUAGUGAAAUUAUUAGCAAAAAUAUUAGAAAUAAUUAAAUUACUGCCGAAGGUUACUCAAAAUGAGACUGUCUGAAUGUAAAUGUAGCCCAGCACAAAGUCAGUGUAAAUGUAGCAGGGAUGACAACAGGAAGUGUGGCAUUAUAACCCAGAUAAG